UUCGUUCGCCUGGUCUGUGAGCCGAUGGCACAGAAUGUCCACGCCUAACAACACCGCCCAGGCCCGGAAGCUGGUGGAGCAGCUGAGGAUCGAGGCGGGGAUCGACCGCAUCAAGGUUUCCAAGGCAGCAGCUGACCUCAUGAGCUUCUGUGAGCACCAUGCUCGCAGUGACCCCCUGCUGAUGGGGGUUCCCACCUCUGAGAAUCCUUUCAAAGACAAAAAACCCUGCAUAAUUCUAUAGCUCACCCCCAAAUGCCCCAACACCCAGCCCAUCCGCGCUGUCGCCAAGCAACAGACAAUGGGUACAAUCAUCUGAACACCUGGAAUUUGACCUGAGACAUCCAUUGAACACUGGGAAGACCCAACACUUUGCUGAGAAGUUAUGAGAUGUGUGUCCAUCAAUGUGUAUGAUUAUAUGCAUCUGUAUUUACAUGUAUGCAUAUAUUCAUACUUACAAUAUAUA